ACUUCUAUUUUUCAUGGAAGAACAGAAUUUCAGUUUAUGGGGCAAGCUGUCUAACCCAGAAGAAGAAGAGACAAGUGUACAACUAGAAAGAGGCCAGAGUAGUUCAAAGAACUGGACAGAACUUUCAGAGGGAGAAAGCAGUCUCAAUAUACAAGAAGUCAAUUUGGAGGACAACUGGAGCCCCUCCUCGAGUUGCCAUCAGGGAGAACUUACCACUGCUUAUUCCUUAAGUGUUCAUCAGUCUUCCCUAGUCAAUACAGAUACCCUGACACAGGUCCCAACCUCUCCCAGCGAGGUCACAGUAGGGCCAGUACAGACCCAAGCCCCCUCUGUUGGAUUUCCCCAAGCCCUGAACCCUUAUGACUCAUUUCCUCAGACACAGUGUGAGGAAACCUUUAGAACAGACAUUUUUCCUGCUCAGGAAGAAUCAGCCUGUGAAUGUUCCCAGCUGAGUCACAACAUUUUAAAUGCUGAGUCCUCCAGACCAAAGUCAGAUGAAGAUCACUCACUGGAAAUGGAGGCACGACACAGAAUCGACAAAGGAUGUUCACAGGACAUGAAAGCCACAUGGAAGACUGAUGAGGAGAUGUCCUCUAAGAUGGAGGGAGCUGGCAUAAUAGAGCCCAACCCUUAUCCCUCCACAAUGGAUGAUGAUGAUGAGAAAAUUAAAGAGUUAAAGGCUCAAAGAGAAUAUGUGAAAACGUCUGCUGAUUAUCAGUUAGACUCUGAAUUUUCUGAAAGAAAUAAAACAAAUUUAGAUGGGAUGCAAACAAUGCCUGAUGGAAUCUUAUCUUUACCAUCUUCCAAGAGAAUGAACAACCAUUCAGACACAGAAGAGACAGUGGGAAAUUGGGAGCAAAAUCCAUUUGUUUGCACUGUCUUCCAUCUCCAGGAGGAGGAGGACACAGGAGGAGGCAUGACUAAUUUGGUAAAAGAGAUAACACAAACAAAGCAUGCUAAAAAUGAUAGAAAUUGUGGUGAAUCAGAACUGGAGCAGGAGGAGCUGUCAACAACAGAUGAGCCAGAGGUGGCAAAGGUAGAGACCCCAGCGUGGACAGAUGUGGAAACAAAAGAGGAGGAGGAGGAGGAGGAGGAGGAGGAGGAAGAUCUAGAUUGGAGAGAAAUGCAAACCAGAAUUCAAAUAGAGCAGGAGAAGCUAGUGCUGGGGCAUGAUGAUCAGGAAGAAUGGGAGAGGGAUAUACAGUUACAAGAAGCAUCCAGUGUAGAGCAAGAGAGAGCAGCCCCACCAUUCACAUUUAGUCUCAAUAUACCUUCUCAUCCAGAAAAUAACUUGUCCCUUCCCAGUUUCAAAAAUAACAGUUCUUUGGUUGAGGAUGAAGAGUUCAUUUUCCAUCUUGAAGAAAUGUUUUCACCUAGUUACUUAGACUCAGUUUGUGUCCAAACAGCAAUGGCCAAACCUAUGCCAUUUGCUAGAAUGUCACCUGAAGGUCUGGACCCAGUAAGUGACAGCUCAUGUACACAACUCCUCAAAUGCCAUGACUCUGGGCAGUGGGAAUACUCUAGUAUAUAUGGCCAAGUGGGCUGUAUGUCCCAAAGUGGUCAAGAUGGUGAGCAACCCAUUGAGGAAGGCAGAAAAGCUUAUCUUGAAAAAGAGGGCAGUGAAAAUGCUAGAGAUGGGAAAUACAUUGGGGGUUCUGAUGGUGAUGGAAUGGUACCAUCCUGUAGAGAUUUACUAGUAACUCCUGAUCCAGACAGCCCAAAUGAUUAUCAGUCUAUGGAUCACCCUGUAGAUGUUGAAAUCUCUAUUCCGGCCUCACUAAUGGAGACCAAAACAGUAGUAGGUCUGGUGCAGGAAGAUGCUGACAAUGAAGCCAGCGAUGGUAUUGUAGGUUAUGUUGUGCCACAUGAAGAACCAGAUUCCAUACAAGAGCCACCAAACCAGAAUCUACCUCUGGCUUGUCAACUGAACAUAGUGCCUUCUGAAGAAGCCUCAUUUUCAGGUAGUGUAGUCCAUACUCCCUGCAAAAAUGAUAUCUUUAGUAAGGACUUCUAUUUUGGAGGAGAACCUCAGGAUUCUGUUUCCAAUAUCCUCCAAAGUAUACCUCCAAGGGAGGAUCUGCCCAGUCCAGACAAAGAGAGUGUAGAACUGAGACUCAUUUCAUCUUUGACUGCACAAGAUCCAAUGUUAUUUCAGGCACAAGACGAUGCCACGAAUUAUUUCAAGAAAUAUCAGCAGCAUUUGAAACCGCCUAUUAGGAAUUUUGUGUUUCCAGGAAAGGAAGCAGAAGCAAAUACAAUGUGCAUAGUGCAACAAACAUCAGCCAGUUUGUCACCAUAUUUUGUAGCUCCUGAAGAGGACAGAACAGGGCAUGAUUGCAACACUGACAGUCCUACCUCUCCCAAUGCUUCUGUUUCUUUGGCCACUGAUGUGGCUCAGCUCAUAAAGCCUUUGACUGCAGUGCCAGACUCUGUUCAGACUCUAGCCCCUGAGUGUGCUUCCAGUUAUGUCAGUCAGACCUCAUCAGCUAUGCCAGAAUGCAGGCAGCAGCCUGCUCAGUGUUUAACCCCUCCACCCAGUAGAGACUUCCUUGCUCAGCUUCCAGCCCCUGAUCUUGAUCCCAAGCAUCCCAGUCAACUCCUAGAACAAUUGCCCCUUUCCACCCAAACAUGCCAGUUCUUAGUCCUUAAGCCCACUGCCACUGAGGUUCCACAGUCUUCAGACUCAACUACAUCUGACACUGAACUUCUUGAUCAGCCAUCAGCUUCUGGAACUACUUCUAACCAAACUAGCCAGCUUCCAGACCCAGCACCCAAUUCUGACCAGACCCUGGAAUAUGGUGAACACCAAGUGGAUCCCAUUUCAAUCCUUUUCAAAAAAUCCCAACACUUUUUGUUUCCUGAACUUAAUGCCAAUCAGUCUGUUCAACUUCCACCCUCCAGUCAAAUAAGUGAAGCUACAGGUCCUGAGAUUAACACCAACCUCCUUGCUCAGUCUCCACCCUUUUCUCUUAACACUGGCCUUCACUAUCUACCUCCUACUUCUCACAAGCUUCCAGUUCCUGAUGGUGAUCACUUUGCCCAACAACAAGCUGAAACAAUAGAAUCCAGUCUACCUGUUAACUAUAAAAUAGGCAAUGAUCACAUACAUAGUAGUCUAUCCACUACCCCACCCUCUGCUCUUGCAUCUCAAAACCUUGUCCAGGUUAUGAACACUGACAGCAGAAUGGAAGAAUUAUCUUGUGUACCAUUGGCCAAGUCAGAGGGAUCAGGUGUUCUUCAUGGUCAAAAAGAUUUGAAUACAGAUGAAACACCCAGUGAUUUUGAGGUCAACCAGUGGGACGUACACUCAGAUCUAAUCAUUUCAAGAAAUAAUGCUACAUUUGUAAACCCCUGUUAUAGCGUUCCUGAACGACUCACUAAGGUUACUGAUAUGCACGAUGGGCAAGAUUCAUCUGACUACAUCUCCCAUUCCUCAAUGGAGAGCCAGAAAAUUCCUGAUGCGGCAGAGAGCAGUGGUUCAAUGCAUCCAACUCCACUUCUAGCUUUCACCAACCCAAUCCACUUCUUCCAGCAUGGACCUCCAUCACCACCAACUAUCAGAUGCCAACACAGGCAACUGGUUGUCUCUCAGGAAGCACAACGGCAGUGGCAGCAAACAGGCAAUGCCAAGAUAGGUGCAGCAGACACGUCAACCUCUAUGUUAACACAGCAGAUGGUAGCUGGAAGGACCAGGAAAAACAUGGAAACAUCAGUGGUGGAAGCAAUCCCUCCUGUGGACCAGAGGAAGGAAGGGGUAGGCAAACAUUCACCUUUAGAGAAAUCUUCCAGUUGUCCAAACAAAAGUGUCAUCAGGUUGGACACAAAAGAACCAGAAUCUCAUUCAAAGAAACAGGAGAUAUUACUCAAGCUUCGGACAAAAAGCAAAGACUGGCAUCGACAGGGUGUGAGAAAGGUCUCAAUACCAACAGACAAUGUAUUAGCAGAAGCAAUAGCAGCUCUUGUCCCUUCAAAGGAGGAAGUCCCUGCACAUAAAGACAAAUCAGUCAACUUAGAUCAAGCUAUAUAUGGAGAGAAGAGACCAGCACUGACAGUGGAAAAUAUCAAACGACGACAUUCUAGACUGAUCAAUUCAUCAAGGUUACUGUACCAGGAAUACAGUGAUGUUGCACUGAACAAAGCCAUUCAAAGUCAGAAGCGAGCAGAUUCUUUGACCGAAGACCAGGAACUUGCAUCCCCAGGCUCCCCAAGAUUACGAAGAAAAGUGAUCCCACCGCAAGACUCCUACCUACAACGCCUGUCUGUUUCAUCUACUGCAUCCCUCUGGCAGGACAUCCCGAUGGUCCGAGGGAGCACAAUGCUGCUUAGCAUGACCCGUGAGGAGCAGAAGCUGCAGGAGGCCAAGUUUGAACUGAUUGCUUCAGAGGCCUCAUACCUAAGGAGCUUAAAUGUGGCAGUGGACCACUUUCAGCACUCCCAGGAACUACAGGCUCUCCUAGCCAAUCAAGAUAAACAGUGGCUUUUCUCCCGCCUUCAGGAUGUGCGUGAUGUUAGUGCCAAUUUCCUCUUUGACCUGGAGGAGAAACUCGAGGAGAACAUGUUCACUUUCAAUGUGUGUGAUGUGGCACUGAAGCAUGCCCCAGAGUUCCGGCGGGUUUACUUGCCAUACGUAACAAACCAGACCUACCAGGAGCAAACGUUUCAAAGGCUACAGAAUGGUGUUCCUGCCUUCCAACAGGUUUUGGAGAGACUGGAAAGUGAUCCUGUUUGUCAGCGCCUCUCCCUUAAAUCUUUCCUCAUCCUCCCAUUCCAGCGCAUCACACGACUUAAACUCCUUCUCCAGAACAUAUUGAAGAGAACUCGGCCUGGUGCUGAUGAAGAAGUGCAGGCCACUCAAGCAUAUGAUGCUCUUGAGAAGCUCAUCAAAGACUGCAAUGAAAAUGUCCAACGCAUGAAGAACACUGAGGAGCUAAUCCACUUAAGUCAGAAUAUGGAAUUUGAAUGCAAGAUUUUCCCACUUAUCUCACAAUCGCGGCGUCUGAUAAAACGUGGUGAACUGACAGCACUUGAGUAUAAUCUGAAUCUGAAGUGGAAACUUACCACCCGGCCUAUAUACCUUCAUCUCUUUAAUGACUACCUGCUUCUCUCUCGGCCCAGAGAGAAUGGGCGCUUUAUUGUAUUUGAUUAUGCUGCCUCCUCAGAUGUGCGUGGAGAGAAAUGUGAAAUGAAACUACAUGGAGCAAACAAAAAUGUUUUUCGUCUCUUCUUGCUGCAGAACAAUCAGGGGAAAAAAGUAGAGUUCCUCUUCCGUACAGAAACACAAAGUGAGAAGCUGCGAUGGAUUUCUGCUCUUACACCACAACAAGCAGAACCUGACCUUUUGGAUGACUGCGUCCUCUCAGAUAAACCUCAAGUUCAGUGUGUGAAGUCAUACAAAGCCCGAGAGAAUGAUGAGCUGGCUCUGGAGAAAGCAGAUAUAAUUAUGGUCCUGAGGCAAAGUACUGAUGGUUGGAUUGAAGGCUUGAGGCUCUCAGAUGGAGAAAGAGGCUGGUUGCCUUCUGAGCAAGUGGAAUUCAUCUCCAGCAAGCAUGCACGCCAGAUGAAUUUGAAGGAGGAACUGCGUGUUAAGAAUGCCAAGCAACAGGUCUUCCACAAGAAAUAGGAUUUCUUUUCUUUAACACACUUAAUCCUCAUCUCUGUUGCACCUCUCUGACCAAACUGGACAUUGCUACAUUUGGUUUUCUGGAAGAGACACCUUUGCAGAGCUGAGGACAGCAAUCAAUGUUUGGUUCUUCCUUACCAAAGAAAUGAAAAACUGACUUCAUGGGAAGAUUAUCUUCCUGUGUAUCACCAGAAAUAUAAAAAAUAGGAUAAGAAGAAAAAUGCUGCAUCACAGUUUACCUGAUGGUGACAAGGAAGAAACCUAAGAUUUGGGAACAGGAUGGUAGGAUGUCUGGGAAUCUGUUCUUGACUUUCUGCCACUGUCCAAAUGUGUGAACUCCUCACUUGGGAACUUUGCUUCAGCUUCUCUGCAAAAUGAGGAUGUUGCCUACCUCACAGAAAAGUGUGAGGCUAAAAUGUUAGUAUUUGAAAGUGCUUCAAAUUCCUGGGAAAGAAGGUGCUAGAGAAAUGCAAAUAUAUACUUUGAGGUAUUACUAUGGGAAAGGGCUCUUCCAUUUGAAAUACUUUAUUUAUUCUCACCAAAGAAGAAAUAUGUAUAUAAAGGACAAGAGAAUCUCCAAAUAGGAGUGAGUGAAGUCCCCCUGACAUUAAUGGGACUGGCACCUGCCUUAAUAGCAAAAUUAGCACUAUGUCUCUUUGUAAGUUAACUACCUUUUCCUGGUGUGUUCUUGUGCCUUUACAAGACACACAGAAAUUUAGCACGUUAAACUUUUUUCUUCACUAAUCUCCAGGUCAAGAAAAGCCUCCUCUAUAGAAACCUCUUUAGUUAUACUAGAGACUACAUUUUUUUCCUUGUGCUCAGCUUGUAAAGUUGGCACUUAAAGGCAGAGGCCAGCCUAAGGGAAUCCCUUCGCAUCUAUAGGCCCAAUACAAGAAGAAACUUACCACCUGAGUUUAAGCUUCUUAAUGUUCAUUCUCUGAUUAGCUAGCAUAGAGAGGAGAAGAGGAAACAGGAGCAACAACUGAGACAGCACAAGACCUUGCACUGUCCAGUUGGUUGUGAGAGGGCAAUACAGAGAUUGCAUCGUGUGAAAGUACCGGGCCCUCUGGGACAACUGGCAACCAAACACUUGGUGGGUGCCAAGGGAGACCUGGAUAUUAGGAAUAUGGAUGAUAUUCCUUAAGGCAGUGCAAUCAGCUGUGGACCCAUGAAAACAUAACUUGGGAUAUGGGGCAAUACAGAGCUGUCAUUAUCAGCAGCAAUCCAGGACAUAACUGAGAAACAAGGUAACAAAGCUUAGAAUAGGCUUAGUGUGUAUAUCUGUGUUCUACCUCUGUAAAAGCCUGCUCACAUACAGAGGCAAGGUAAAGGUAAAGUGUGCUGUCAAGCUGAUUUCAACUCCUGGUGCCCACAGAGCCCUGUGGUUUGCUUUGGAAGAAUACAGGAAGGGUUCACCACUGCCUCCCCCUGCUCAGUAUGAGAUGAUGCCUUUCAGCAUCUUCCUAUAUUGCUGCUGCCCGAUACAGAUGUUUCCCAUAGUCUGGGAAACAUAACAGCGGGGAUUUGAACUGGCAACCUCAUGCUUGCUAGGCAAGUCAUUUCCCUGCUGCGCCACUGAAGGUGGUCAUACGGAGGUAGGUAAACAUAAAACCAAUGACAUCUAUGGGCUUUGGCCAGGGCUUGACAAAUCCCAAGAAGUCAUGGUGCCUAGAAAUUUAACAGUGGCACCUAGACUAUUUAAUAAAAUCUUUAUUUGUCCCAGGCAAUCCUGUUUCUGCUCCAAGUAUACUACUUGUAGCGACUGAGAGGAUAACUAGAAGGCCAUUUAUCCUCCCCCCACAUAAUGUUCACCACUAAGUCCAGUAGUUUUGUCAAGUGUCCAUUGUCUAGCUCCUAAAUUCAAAGGAAAUUUGUCAAGACCCGGCCUUCCAAAAACCAGGUUAUUUCAGAGUACAUACCGGUACAUUUCACAUACUGCUACAUAUGGGUACAACUCAUAAGUUGGUUUAAAACCCAGUCCCACAUACAUUAUGCCAAGACUGUAAAAAUCCCAACUGUCUACUUGCUUUGCUUGUGCCUAAAAAUAUGCUGGUGGUACCGUGAUAUUUAAAGUUUGUCUUGAUCUCUGCA